AUGGCCGACUCAGCGUCGUCUCCUAAAGUCCGGCAGGCACUGGAACGUGCCCGGGAUGGCCAUACCGAUAAGACAACCAGUGAUACCUUGGAAGGAGCCAUCACGGACUUGUGGAAUAAGAUAAAAGCGCAGGAGGAUUAUGUGCUCAAUCGCGACGAGUUUGCCUUGUUCAACUAUUUCAUAUAUCGUUACACGGGCAACGCCAUUGCACAGCGAGCCGUCGCACGAUUCUGGGAUCAUUAUCGAGGCGACCCAAACGCGGCUGGGGGUAAGACAUAG